AGGCAGGGAGAGCGCGUGACGGGCUCCGCGCUCCGCCCCCGCCCCCUCCGCGCGCUCUGCUCCCGUUCGCCCGGCCCCGCCAGCUCGGGCCGGCGCAGCGAUGGAGCCCGAGUGCCGGGUGCUCUCCAUUCAGAGCCAUGUCGUCCGCGGGUACGUGGGCAAUAAGGCGGCCACCUUCCCCCUGCAGGUUUUGGGAUUUGAAGUUGAUACAGUGAACUCUGUCCAGUUUUCAAACCACACAGGUUAUGACCACUGGAAGGGUCAGGUGUUAAAUUCAGAUGAACUUCAUGAACUGUAUGAAGGACUUAAACUGAACAAGGUCAACCGGUAUGAUUAUGUACUCACAGGAUAUACAAGAGACACGUCGUUUCUUGCAAUGGUGGUGGAUAUUGUCCAGGAGUUGAAGCAACAGAAUUCUAACCUAGUAUAUGUAUGCGAUCCAGUGAUGGGUGACAAAUGGAGUGGAGAAGGCUCUAUGUAUGUGCCCAAGGAUCUCCUCCCAGUCUACAGGGACAAAGUUGUACCUGUUGCUGACAUCAUUACUCCUAACCAGUUUGAAGCUGAGUUGCUUACGGGCAGGAAGAUUUACACAGAAAAAGAAGCUCUAGAGGUAAUGGAUAUGCUCCAUGCCAUGGGACCAGAGACUGUGGUGAUCACAAGCUCAGAUCUACAGGCGCCUCUAGGAAAUGACUACCUGAUUGCUCUGGGAAGCCACAGAAAAACUAAAGCAGAUGGUACCAAGGUGACACAAAGAAUUCGAGUGGAGUCUCCUAAAGUGGAUGCUGUCUUCGUUGGAACGGGAGACUUGUUCGCUGCUAUGCUUUUGGCAUGGACACAUAAGCAUCCAAACAAUUUAAAGGUGGCAUGUGAAAAGACUGUGUCAGCCAUGCAACAUGUUCUGCAAAGGACCAUUAAGAGUGCAAAAGCGCAAGCUGGAGAAGGAAACAAACCAAACUCAGCCCAGCUGGAACUGAGAAUGGUCCAAAGCAAAAAGGACAUAGAAAACCCGGAGAUCAUAGUGAAAGCAACCGUGUUAUAAAGGCUAUACAUCUCCAAUAACGCACAAUGUAUUGAUGUCCUCAUUUCUUUCCUGUAAAUUGUAAUAUUUGCCUUAGAUCUGUGACAGAAACCUGACUUUCAUGAAAUAGUGCCCAGCAUAGGCAGAUAUCCACUCUCAAACAUAUGUGCUGGCCUUGCUCGGUUUUAAAAACAAAACAGUUAGUGUGCAUUGAAGCAUAUUACCAGGUAUCAAAAUGGCUGUCAAAUUCACUUAGUCUGUGUAAUUGCCCAUGGCAAGAGAGUACAAUGUUUCUGCCUUGCCAAAGACUUUAGAUGUGAAUUUGCUAAUGGAAUGCUUGACUGACUGGAAAAUAUAUUUCAAGAUGGCAUCUAGUGCCAAUGGAGCUGGCUCCAUGCUCCCUUUUCCUGGAGGUAUCUGGUUACCUACUCUGGUAUUCAGUAUCUCAGCUGCUAUGAAACUAAGCAGGGUUAAAACUACACACAAAGUUCUGGUUGUGUGUGGGAGUACUUUGAAGAUGUUUGGCAUUUAAGUUCUCUGAAGUGACCUUGAGGUGUCAUUCGUGUUACUGAUAACUGCUCCUGUUUCUCGUCUAUGAACAGCUGCACGGUUUCAGUUUUUGCAGGUACUGGCUGCUUAUUUCUCAUGUCUGUGGUUGCCCACGUGAUUUUCUUCCAAAAGCUGCUCCAGAAACAUUGUCUUUGAUAGAUUGAUAUCUUUAUUCGUAGCACUGAUUAGAAGUUUGUAGAUCUACCUCGGAGGCAAGGUUUGGUUCUUUUAAAGACAAACAUUCUGUAAGGACAAAAGAGAAAGCAGCUCUUACCCUGGAAGGUGACUACCUUAGUUUGUUCAUGGGUGGAUGUAUUCACAGACUACAUGUCCAGUUAACAGUAGUGAUCACUGUUGCCAGGCUUAUUAAUGAAGCAAUAUGGUAAAAGUAAUAGUUUAGUAAGGUUAAGUUGCACAUGUUUACCAAAUGCAGUGAAAGAUACAAAAUUAAUUUGUUCAUAAUUUAAGUCUCUGAAGCCUAUGCUGAUUAGAGAUGACAAAAAUGCAUUAUUGUUAAUGCAUCUUUAUUGCGAAAUUCUGUUUCAUACGGCUUCAAAAUGGGAUUCUUAGUAAUUUCGGCAUCCUGUGCAUCACAGCCACAUAUUAUACCAGUAGGGCAGAUAUGCUGACAGGUACUGACAACUCAUACUUCUGAAUGAUUUCUGCAUGAGACUGAGGUGCUUUCCUCUCCCAAGAUGAGAUCUAGUGUGUUGUUAAAUCCAGAUUCAGUUGAUGAGGUUUAUUUGUCUCAGAUGGCAUAGGGAGAUUAAAAUUGCAUUUCUGCUUGCAGUGACACGAAGCAAAUGUGCACUAGAGGAAAAGGCUCAGUCUUUCUUGAUUACUUGAGUAUGCUGAGGAAAAACUCAGAUGUCUCCCAGAUACCUUUCCUGCAUCUUCCUCAUCACACCUGCCUAGCUGGUAGUGUCACUUACAUAGAUUGGAAAUCCCCAAAAGAGCUGGUUUGGAGAUUGCUUUGGCCACUGUAAUCUUCAUUUAUCCCACUAUUUUUGUGGAUUUUCUGCCAUUGUAAAAGUUACUUGGUUUUAACUAGUAGAAGAGCAAUUUGUCCUUAAAGUGAAUUUUUAUCUGAAAAGAUAGUUUUUUAAUAGAGUAAGAUUUCAUAAUUAAUACAUUUCUGAAAUCCCUCAUUUUCACUGUCUCUGAGGCAGAUGAAAUUUAAGAGAUGAACCUCUUCUGCAGUAAAUUUAAGAGGCGAACUUCAGGCUUUCACUCUCUACAACUAAUAAUAAUUUUAUUUCCUCUCAUGCAUUUGUCAUUAAAAAAUGAAAGAAAAAAUCAUGAAACUUGAGAAUUUUGAGAAAGAAAAAACACAGAAAUUACCUACAAAAUGUGACUCUACUGCCACAGCUUGUACUAACUACUGCCAUGAAAUAACUUUGUAGCAAUAAUGAUUUUGGUGAUGUGAGCAGUUGCUAAAAUUAGCAAUCAGUAACUGAGAUGAGAUCAUGGCUGAUAUCCAACAUGUAAAAAGACAUGAUUUAUCUUAACAGGGUGUUAAGGUACCUGAUGAGAAGCAGUGAGAAAGGAGGAGCCAGGCUUUUCUCAGUAGUGCCCAGUGAAGGAAUAACAGGCAAUGGGCACAAACUGAAAUACCGGAAAUUCCAUUUCAACAUUAAAAAAAUACAAUUCACUUUGAGGGUGAUCAAACAUUGGCACAGGUUGGUCAAAGUGGUUGUGGAGUCUCCAUCCUUGGUAAUAUUCAAAACCUGACUGAACACGACCCCGAACAACUUACUGUACUUGACCCUGCUUAUGCAGGGUGUUGGACUUAGAUGAUCUCCAGAGGUCCCUUCCAACCUCAACCGUUCUGUGACUCUGUGAAAUACAACACAUUGCCUUUCUUUGCAGCACUGUUAUUUUUAAAUGGAUGCAAAUAUUUUUUUUUCUUCAUGAACUUCUGGAUAGGCUAGGAAAUAGCCCAGUAUUAAUAAUUCGCCUCCUUUUUUAGAUAAGCUGCUUUUUGCUAGGGCAGUUGUGCCAGGAAUGAAAUUGGCUUUUUUGAGAUAGUUGCUUUCAGCAAAGAUAUUUAAAUACUGUAGCUGGUGAUGCGUUCCAGCAGUUGAACACAAAAGGAUUUUACCCAUUUCUAGAAUUGAUUAAAGAAAUGUUGCAUGCCAUAUUCCAAAUGUAACUAUGAGUUAUUUUAUCUCUUAAAAUUAGACUAUUUCACAUGGGAUUCUGAUCCCUACCAUCCUUUAGGGAAGAAGGGAUCAAGGUACUGAACUUCCCUGCCUGUACAUAUCAUGGUCAGCUUUGCAGCAUUAUGCUUGACACCCUCACCCAGCUCUAUCCAGUUUUGCAGCUCCUAUGGGUCACAUACAAAAAUCUUCAUAUGACUGAGCUUUGAGACCUCUGCUGUGUCCAUAAGAUUGCCAAGAUUAGAUUGAUCCCAGAAACAGUUCACAUGCAGUAAAUGGCAUUUAUUUUUUAUGGUCCCGUGGUUCUAGUACAGAUCUUAGCUUGGUCCGGAAGCAGCUCCUGGUGGAUUGCCCAGCAGCCCCUGCACCAGCAUUGCCUUCAUUGGCAGUCAGGUAACACAGCCUGGCUUGGGAACUGCCUGGGGCCAAAGUGAGAGCCAUGUGGUGGCCAUCCCUGCACUAGUCCUGUGCAAAAUUGAGAUUCUUCAGUUCUUCAUAUCAGGGGAUCGACAGGAAAGGGAAGCUCAAAAUUGACCUUUUAAUUUAUAUAUUUUUUAAAGCAGCAAUAAGUAUGCAUUGUCAGAAUUUGCUGUCAAAAGAAACUACCUGUUGUUAAGUGUGUACUACAGAAAAGUCCUUUUAGUAAGUGUGAGACAGCACAAUUGGUUUUUUGCCACUAAAGAAAAUAGGCUUUCACAACGGAAUUGAGAGAAAGGCAAGGGCUGGUUUUCUCUGAAAUAAAGCAGUUUGGAAUUCAGAAAACUUAAAGCUAUCUUGCAAACAAGAUUUUAUCUGUAAACCUUAAUGAAUGUGAUCUUGCCAUAAAAAAGAAAGCGUUAUGUUUGUUGGAGCAGCUUAUACUUGUCCAGUGUGAUCUUUUCCCACUCCUUCAAAGAAUGGAUUGGUUCAGAAAUUCACACCUUCCUUAGAUCUGUGACAUAUCUAUGUUUUAAAAAAAAAAGGGAUAAUGAUACUAAUGUGCUCAAUUUGCAGAAGUUCAUAUUUUGCUGGAUUCUGUAGCAAUAGGCUGCUUGCUUCUUGUGCUGAAGUCUCUGGGAGCUGCUCAUGUGUUACCUGUUUUAAACUCUUGCUCACCUCAUCUAAAUGAGGUCAGGUUUAUGUCUUCAGUGAAGCAUUGGGCUUAACAUCUCUUGCCAGAAACAAACAUCAGAAAUUAUCUGUAAAUACAUACUGUAGCUAACAUUCUGUAGUCACAAGAGGUUAACAGGUAUUUUUAAAUAUCAAGGUAUACAUAAUAUUUAGUGGAUUUUUAUUUGUUUGGAGUCGCAAAGUGCUUUUUCGUAAUUUUUUGAGAACGAAAUUCAAAGACAGUCCUGUCUAAUCUUUUAUUCCCUCCUCUCCUCCUGCAUAUAAUAUCUGUAUCUGUUUCUGAGUCCCUGCUGUCUUUCUGGUACAGCUGCCCAUUAUUUAAGGGCUGUAGGAGAAUUUAUCGGGGUUGUCUGAUCCACUUGCAGAUCUGUAAGUAAAGAAAAAUGGUUAGUCUGAACUAGUUUAGGUACCAGUUGAUUAUAGAAUGAGCACUUUAGCCUGGAGAACGGAAUCAAUAGCUAAUGGUUAUUCUUCCAUGACCGUCCUAGCAGCAGGAAAGGUGUCUGUAACCCACCAGUCCAGUAUGUGCCAGUUAGGGGCUGCUGACUUCGCUGCCAUGCGUACUCCCAUGUGUACAUGUGAAGUUAGCAGCAAAGGACAUUUCAAAUACUGAAGUACAUGUACGCAUGGGAGCAGCGAUUGCUUUGUGUUUGUGUCCAGUCAACUUCCCCACCAUUCUUUCUUUUCUUACUGGAAGUAUUUUGUGUUGGAUCCCUUUUUUCUGGGAUGAACUUUGCAGUGUAUGUGGUCAGCCAUUUUGAUUACUGCGAGUUGCACUCAUUUGCAGAGCCAUUAUGCAGGAGAACCCAAAAGUUGUUUACAAACGAUCUACUCUAUUCUGGGCCUGGAUUAAUCUCUACUUGCUGAAAAUUCCCAUGUUACUCUUUGGGACGUGCAUAAAGACAUUGUGCUAAAAUCAGUGCUAUUCACGCUGGAUAUAUACAUUUAAGAAAUCUGCAGUAUGAAUCGUUAAUGUUUGUUUGCUGAUUUGUAUCAUAAGCAGAAGAAAUCUGUAAUCAAUGCGUUGUACAAAAGAAUCAGGGGACCAAGGUUUCCAGCUACUCAUACUGCCUUUUUGAGUAUCUUAACUGUGUCUUGAUUGGAUGGUGUUAAUUUGUUGUCUGAGACUGUUAUGGUGAUUGUAUUGAUUAAUUUUAUUUUAAAAUACGUGGCAAGGAAGAUUGUAAUAAAAGCAUCUACAUUUAAUA